AUGGACGGAGGGCGGCGGGAUGGAGCCGAGAGCCGGGAGAAGAGGGGGCCGGAGCCGGAGCCGGCGGCGAAGAGGAGUUUCCUGCCUGCCAUGGAGAGCCAAGGAACCACCAUCCUCCACAAGACAGUCAGCUAUGCCCCCCACCCCCUGCCAGCAAGGCAGUUUGAUCAGAACACCACGGAGCCCAUCAGCUUCUUCCUGUCCAGCCUGGAGGAGCUGCUGGCAUGGAAACCCACCAGUGACGAUGACUUCAACGUUGCCACGAUGCCACUGGCUAACCGGGAGCCUCCGCUCCACAGCAAGAGACCCCGCACGCUGGUGUGCCACGACAUGAAUUAUGGAUACCUGGAGGACAGGUUCAUCCAGGGCUCAGCUUCACGGGACCCCUACGUGUUCUACCACUGGCGGUACAUCGACAUCUUUGUCUACUUCAGCCACCACUCCGUGACCAUCCCCCCCGUCACCUGGACCAACGCCGCCCACAGGAACGGUGUCUCUGUGCUGGGGACGUUCAUCACGGAGCAGACAAGCGGGGGCCAGCUGUGUGAGGCCUUCCUCGCCGGGGAGGCAGCCGCGUACCACGCCGUGGCUGUGCAGCUGGGCCGCAUUGCCCAUUUCUACCGCUUUGACGGCUGGCUGGUCAACAUCGAGAACACCCUGAGCAAGGCAGCCGCACGGAACCUGCCCCUCUUCCUGCGGGACCUGCGGGAGCAGCUGCAUCGGGAUGUGCCCGGCGGGCUGGUGCUCUGGUACGACAGCGUCUUGCCGAGCGGGGAACUGAAGUGGCAGAACGAGCUGAAUGAGAAGAACAGGGUGUUUUUUGACGCCUGCGAUGGCUUGUUCACGAACUACAACUGGAAGGAGGAGCACCUGGAGCGCAUGGGGGCGCAGGCCGGGGAGCGCCUGGCUGACGUCUACGUGGGCAUCGACGUCUUUGCUCGCGGGGAGGUCGUAGGCGGCGGCUUUGAGACAGACAAGGCUCUGCGCCUGAUUCGCAAGCACGGCUUUUCCGCUGCCAUCUUCGCCCCCGGCUGGGUCUAUGAGCACCUGGGGAAGGAGAACUUCCUGCAGAACGAGAACAGGUUCUGGGGUUUGCUGGCGGAGCUGCUGCCCACUCACAGCAUCAGCACUCUGCCCUUCAGCACCUGCUUCUGCCUGGGCCUGGGCACGGGGAGAUUCUCGGCGGGGCAGGAGGAAGAAGUCGGGCCCUGGUACAACCUGAGUGCCCAGGAGAUCCAGCCCCUCUUCACAGAGCAGCAAGCGCCGGGAGGGGCAGGCAACUGGCUGCGCACGCGCUGCUCCCUGCAGGACGCCUGGAACGGGGGCAGCUGCCUGCUGAUCGAGGGGAUCAUCCCGCCUGAGGCGGGCCAUGUGGCUGUCCGCCUUUUCUCUUUCCAGCUGCCAGCUCCCCCCAAGCUCUUCCUGUCCCUGCUGUACAAACUGGAGGAGAAGCUGCCCGAGGUGGCGGUCGCACUGGAACUCACCACAUGGGACUCUGGCUCCUGCCGUGUUGGCCACAAAGCUGCCCUGCCGGGGCCGGCCACCCGACAUCAGCCCCACCCCCUCCCCACCCCGCCCCCCCAGCUCUCGGGGCUGCUCAGCGGCUGUGGACGGCAGAGCGCGGCAGGUUGGAUGAGGCGGUGCUACGAACUGGAGCUGCGGGACUGCACCCUACACGAGCUGUCGCUGAUCCUGUCACGCCACCAGCCAGGCCAGCAAGAACGGCGCUUCUCCUGCCGCCUUGGGGAGAUCCGGGUGCUGGAUGCUGACAGCCUGCGCUCCUCGCUGCCCCAAGGGCCCAGCCUCCAGGCCUCCCAGCUGCUGUGGCACAAGGGCCCUGGCCCGGACCAGCUCUCCCUCAGCCUCACCUUGCGCUGGUCCUACCCCCACAGCCAAGCCCGCUGCUUCCGGAUCCACUGCCAGGGCCGGGCAGGCCCUCGGGGCCGGGAGCUGCCCCAGCUCCUCGGGGUGGCACACGCCACCCUCUACCGGGUGGUGGGCUUGGCAGUGCCAAAGGCGCCCCCCAUGGAGUCCUGCCGCGUGGAGUUCUUCGUGGAGCCGGUGCUGAACGAAGGGGUUGCCGUGGAUCGGUCCAGGUGGGGGCGGCUGGUUCUGGUCUAUUCCGACCCAGCCAGCACCAGCACCUAUUAAAUGUUGCCUUUGGCACAGUGCCAGGGAUCUCGGCCUUCGAGCUGGGCAUUCUUGGGGGAGCGCAGGGCAGGAUGGAGGGGCUGCGGCAGAGCUGGGAGGUGCUCUGGACAAUAGCAGAGAUAGUAGCUUCUCCAAUGGCUCCUGGCCAGUCGCUGGCACCUUCUGCCCCGCACAGCCUGGGGCGAGCCACGGGGGGGCAGCAGAGUCCCACGCUGGCAGGCAAGAGCCGCUGGGGACCAGGGAGCUGGAGCUGCUGUGCAGCGGGGUGAGGGCCAUGGGCAGGGCCGGGCUGGAGCCGGGCACUGUCCUGCACUCACCUCUUGCUCCGUUAGCACUGCAGGGAUCCCCCCGUGGCCUGGCCUGGCCCUGUGCUGCAGCCUGACAGCCUGCAGCUUUUGACACCAGACCUGGGGCUCUCGCUGCACGGUGGCAAGCGGGUGCUCGUCCCACUCUGCCUGUGUGGGAGAGGGGGAGGGAGACUGCCCCCCAGCUGGUCAGGUGGCUACCAGCGCACGGCCCUGCAUGUAGAACACAUAGCAGCCAGGGCUGCUGCCCCACCUUCCUGCUCCUUUGCACCUCCGGGCCUGGUGGCUGUCUAGCGAGUCCUGGAAGAGCCUAGAGCCGGCAGUGGCUUUGGGUCCCUCAGCCCCACUCUUCAGUUCUCUGUGCUGCUGGCGGCUGGGCUCCAGGAAGGGCAUGGCCGAGCCUGCCGGGCAGGGCCGGCCCACAACAUUUUGGCACCUGAGGCGGGGAGCUCAAACGACGCCCCCAUGCGCCCUGGCUUGGGCCAAAACUUUGAAAGGUCUCAAUUCUGCCUUCUUCCUGUUCUACUCCUCUCAUGGUACUGCUCUGCUACCCACCCCAAUAAAGGAGAACUAACAACUUAAAAUGCCUUGUUCAAAAAUUGUAGGUAACUCUUAACUUUCAAACGCCUGAACAGCAAAUGUAACUUUUCUUGUCUGCAUAGUAAACACUGGCAUUUUUAUC